CGCUGCCGCAGCCGUUGCUCCAGUCAAGAACGCCACCCCAGAUGAGCUCCGCCUCACUUUUGCCUCUCCAGACCCCGCUGUCUUCAGCAACGCUGUCGUCAAGCAGGUUGAUGUCCCAACAUUGGCUGGUAUGGUUGGUGUGCUCGCUAACCACGUCCCAACCAUCGGAGUUUUGAAGCCAGGAGUUGUCACUGUCACCACUAACGAGGGAACUGUUCAACGUCUUUUUGUUUCCUCUGGACCCCCUUCUGUAAACAUCGAUGGAUCAUCCCAAGUCCUUGCGGACCAAGUUUCUGAAAGUUGA